UCGAGCGAGCGUCCAUGCUGGUGAUCCUGCUGAACUGCGUGACACUGGGCAUGUUUCAUCCCUGUGAGGACAUCGACUGUGACUCUGAGAGGUGCAAGAUCCUGCAGGACUUUGAUGACUUCAUCUUUGCGUUCUUUGCCAUUGAGAUGGUGAUCAAGAUGGUGGCUCUGGGGAUUUUUGGCAAGAAGUGUUACCUUGGAGACACGUGGAACCGCUUGGACUUCUUCAUAGUUGUGGCUGGGAUGUUGGAGUACUCACUCAACCUGCAGAAUGUCAGUUUUUCUGCAGUGAGGACGGUUCGUGUGCUGAGACCUCUGAGAGCCAUCAACAGAGUGCCUAGUAUGCGUAUCCUGGUGACUCUGCUGCUGGACACACUUCCCAUGCUGGGCAAUGUUCUGCUGCUCUGCUUCUUUGUCUUCUUCAUAUUUGGCAUUGUUGGCGUCCAGCUGUGGGCAGGCCUUCUAAGAAACCGCUGCUUUGUAGAAGACAACUUCUCCUUCCCUCUUUCUGUGCAGUUGGAAAAAUACUACCACACUGAAAAUGAUGACGAGAACCCAUUCAUCUGCUCCCAGCCCCGGGAAAAUGGCAUGAGGGACUGUGGCUCAGUGCCCAAGCUGUAUGAGGAGGGAGUCCUACAGUGCAACCUUGACAUGUACUCUUACAACAGCACUGACAACACUACAUGUGUCAACUGGAACCAGUACUACACCAACUGCUCUGCUGGUUUGGUCAACCCCUUCAAAGGAGCCAUCAACUUCGAUAACAUCUGCUACGCCUGGAUUGCCAUCUUUCAGGUGAUCACUCUUGAGGGCUGGGUGGACAUUAUGUACUUCGUGAUGGACGCUCACUCUUUCUACAACUUCAUCUACUUCAUCCUGCUCAUCAUCAUUGGCUCAUUCUUCAUGAUCAACUUGUGCCUAGUCGUCAUUGCAACCCAGUUCUCGGAGACCAAACAGAGGGAGAGUCAGCUGAUGAAGGAGCAGAGGGUGCGCUUCAUGUCCAACGCCAGCACUCUUGCCUCCCUCUCUGAGCCGGGCUCCUGUUACGAUGAACUCCUCAAGUACCUGGUUCACAUCAUUCGCAAGGGGGCCAGACAAGUGGCCCAUGUCUGCAGAUUCUUAGCUCGCCGUGCGGGGCUCAACAUCCCCGCCACACCCCCGCCAGCGGAGCCCCAACGAAGCCAGAGAAGGAGGAGGAAGUCAUCAAGGCAGGGAUCCCUGACCGCACAUCACAUGGUGCACCAUCAUCACCACCACCACCAUCACUACCACUUGAGGAAUGGCAGCGUAAGGAGCAGAGGGAGCAUCAGGUGUCUGGAGGGUAGAGAUUUAGAGGUUGGCGCUCAUAACAACAAUGGAGGGGCUCUUGCAGCAACUACCAGCACUGGGCAUCUUGCUUUGGCCUUGCCGUCUUCUGUGGCUGCAGCAACCUCUGAUACAAACCUGUCCACUUUGUCCAAUCCUGCUGCUGGAGCUGCUGAUUCUUCAGUGGUUCGCAGUGUACUCAACAUAGAAACUCUUCGUUGUACUCCCUCUCCCUCAAACCUGGGGACAUCCCUGGGCCCCUUCUCCUUGGCCCCAGCUCCCAUGUCCAGGAAUAUGAAGAGAAAUUCUGUGCCCUUUGCUGGCCCAGGUCCUAAGAACUACCCCACUCUGCAGGCUCGAGCUCUGGCGGAGUCUAGACGAGGGAGUGUUGCAGGCAGCACUCUGACCAAUUUCAGCUUCAACCUGAAUAUCCCACCCUUGCCCCUGGAGAGACGCCCAUCAAGCCUGGUGGAAACACACACUCCCACAGCCCAGCUUUCCUGCCAGCUGUCGGCUCGUGACCUCAGCACCAUCAGCAGUGCCAUGGACACAGCUGCUUUGACAUUGGACCCCGAGAGCUGCCCUUACUGCGCCAAAGCCCUCGCCAACGAUUCAGAGGGUGGCACCGAGGGCAACGAGACCCCCGGGGACUCAGACAGUGAGGGCCUGUAUGAGUUCACCCAGGAUCUCCACCACAGGGACAGGAGAGACAGCCGGCAGCCCAAAAAGAAGCGCCUGAGGCUGGGCAAAACUGCGGCCAAGGUUGUUCGCUUUUGGAGGCUGGUUUGCGACACGUUCAGGAAGAUUGUGGAUAGCAAAUACUUUGGACGAGGGAUUAUGAUUGCCAUUCUGAUCAACACGCUAAGCAUGGGGAUCGAGUACCAUGAGCAGCCUGACGAGUUGACCAAUGCCUUGGAGAUCAGUAACAUUGUGUUCACCAGCCUGUUCGCUCUGGAGAUGCUACUGAAGGUUCUAGUCUACGGACCCUUUGGCUACAUCAAGAAUCCCUACAACAUCUUUGACGGUAUCAUCGUGGUCAUCAGUGUUUGGGAGAUUGUGGGUCAGCAGGGUGGUGGUCUUUCAGUGCUGAGGACCUUCCGGCUGAUGCGGGUGCUGAAGCUGGUCCGUUUCAUGCCCGCCCUGCAGAGGCAGCUGGUGGUGCUGAUGAAGACCAUGGACAACGUGGCCACCUUCUGCAUGCUGCUCAUGCUCUUUAUUUUCAUCUUCAGUAUCCUCGGGAUGCAUCUGUUUGGAUGUAAGUUUGGGUCAGAGAGGGAUGGAGACACUCUACCAGACAGGAAAAACUUUGAUUCUCUUCUCUGGGCCAUAGUGACUGUCUUCCAGAUUCUAACACAGGAGGACUGGAACAAGGUACUUUACAAUGGCAUGGCGUCCACCUCCCCAGUGGCUGCCCUCUACUUCAUUGCGCUCAUGACCUUCGGCAACUACGUCCUCUUCAACUUGCUGGUGGCCAUCUUGGUUGAAGGUUUCCAGACAGAGGAAGUGACCAAGCGGGAGGACUUGCAUGUCCAGCCGAGCCUGAUUCAGCUGCCUGUAGAGUCAGGGGGAGAUGCUUCUAAAUCAGGUUCUGAGAUUGAUUCCUGUGCACGAAGUAUGGAGGAUGUCAACGGCAGCAAGAAGGAUUUAUCAGCGUCUGCAGUAGUGCCAGUAAACGGUCAUGUGGACCUGAAGACCAGCCUGACUCCACCUUUAAUUACCCACACGGCUGCCACGCCAAUGCCCGUACCCAAGUUGCCUGUCGGAGGUGAACCCGCCGUGGGCUUCGAUUCCCGCCGAGGGAGCAACAUCUCCGUAGACCCAGCGAGCUAUGAAAGAUCACCGACCAGUGCCCGAAGCGUCUCCCCCUAUGCCCUGUGGAGUUCUGGCAGCGGCAGGACCAGUCGCCGGUCCAGCUGGAACAGCCUGAGUCGUGCCCCUUCACUCAAACGACAGAAGCGGCAGUCGGGGGAGCGGCGAUCCCUCCUCUCUGGGGAGGGUGGCUCCAGCUCGGAGGAAGGGGAAGGAGGAGGAGGAGAAGAAGGAGGAGGAGGAGGAGGUGGGUUGAUGGAUGAAGAUGAUGCCUCUCUGGCCAGGACGGACUCCCUGUCCCAGUCACAGAGAGGACCCCGACAUCGGAGGAUGGAGUCAGUGGAGACUCGGAGCUCCAUGGAAUUGCCUCCUGAUGCUCUGCUGCAGGUGCCAUACCUGUACCGCUCAGCCAGCAUGCACAGCUCCAGACCCCCCUCACUGGGCCACUUGCUGCCCCCGGAGCAUCGCGACUGCAACGGGAAGGGCUCUCCAUCAGUCCUGGGCCCCACUCAUGUCUCUCUGGAGGACAACACUGAGGAAGAGAAUGCAGAGGAGGAGGCCAACGUGGGUCGUGUUGCCAGGAUGUUUCACUGGCUGGAGAAGAAACAGCCGGAGUGGUGUCGACAGAGGGACACCUGGUCCCUCUACCUCUUCCCUCCAGAGUUGAGGUUUCGGAUCGUGUGCAAUAAGAUCAUCAACCACAAGAUGUUUGACCACAUUGUGUUGAUCAUCAUCUUCCUAAACUGCAUCACGAUCGCCAUGGAGCGGCCUCACAUCGAGUCCGGCAGUGCUGAGCGGAUCUUCCUCACAUUGUCCAACUACAUUUUCACCGCAAUCUUUGUGGCCGAGAUGACUAUUAAGAUUAUAGCUUUGGGCUGGUGUUUCGGGGACAAGUCCUACCUGAGGAGCAGCUGGAACAUUCUGGAUGGGAUGUUGGUGAUGAUUUCCGUUAUUGACAUCCUGGUGUCGCUCAUCUCCAAUUCUGGUACAAAGAUCCUGGGCAUGCUCAGAGUGCUGAGGCUCCUAAGGACCCUGAGGCCGCUACGUGUGAUUAGCAGAGCCCCAGGCCUGAAGCUGGUGGUCGAGACCCUGAUGUCAUCACUGAAGCCCAUCGGUAACAUUGUGGUCAUCUGCUGCGCCUUCUUCAUUAUCUUUGGCAUCCUGGGAGUACAGCUCUUCAAGGGGAAGUUCUUUGUUUGUCAAGGGGAAGGUAGGAACAUAACCAACAAGUCAGACUGCUUACUCAACAGCCACAGAUGGGUCAGACACAAGUACAACUUUGACAACCUCGGACAGGCCUUGAUGUCUCUGUUUGUUUUGGCAUCGAAAGAUGGCUGGGUGGAUAUCAUGUAUGACGGUCUAGAUGCUGUAGGAGUUGACCAGCAGCCGAUAAUGAACUACAACCCGUGGAUGCUGCUCUACUUCAUCUCCUUCCUGCUGAUUGUGGCUUUCUUCGUACUCAACAUGUUCGUCGGUGUUGUGGUGGAGAACUUCCACAAGUGCCGGCGCCACCAGGAGGCCGAGGAAGCCAAGCGCAGGGAGGAGAAGAGACUGAAACGCAUGGAGAAAAAGAGAAGGAAAGCUCAGAGUAAACCCUACUACUCAGAUUACUCCCCCACCCGCCUGCUCAUCCACAAGAUGUGCACCAGCCACUACCUGGACCUGUUUAUCACUAUCGUCAUUGGCCUCAACGUCAUCACCAUGUCCAUGGAGCACUACCAGCAGCCCAAGGAGUUGGAUGAGGCGUUGAAGAUCUGUAAUUAUAUCUUCACCCUCAUCUUUGUUCUGGAGUCUGUCUUCAAGCUGGUAGCUUUCGGCUUCCGACGCUUCUUCAAGGACAAGUGGAACCAGCUGGAUCUGGCCAUAGUGCUGCUGUCCAUCAUGGGCAUCACUCUGGAGGAGAUUGAGGUCAACGCUUCUCUGCCCAUCAACCCCACCAUCAUCCGCAUCAUGAGAGUGUUGAGGAUUGCACGUGUACUGAAGCUCUUGAAGAUGGCUGUCGGGAUGAGAGCUUUGCUCGACACCGUUAUGCAAGCCCUGCCCCAGGUGGGGAAUCUGGGUCUUCUCUUCAUGCUUCUGUUCUUUAUCUUCGCAGCACUGGGAGUGGAGCUGUUUGGUGACUUGAUUUGUGAUGAGCUUCACCCAUGUGAAGGUUUAGGGCGCUAUGCUACAUUCAAAAACUUUGGGAUGGCAUUUCUGCUGCUCUUCAGGGUUUCCACUGGAGACAACUGGAAUGGCAUAAUGAAGGACACGUUGAGAGACUGUGCAAACGAAUCCGGUACCUGCUACAACACUGUGGUCUCUCCUCUCUACUUUGUCUCCUUCGUUUUGACUGCUCAAUUCGUGCUGGUGAACGUCGUCAUCGCUGUCCUGAUGAAGCACCUGGAGGAGAGCAACAAGGAAGCCAAGGAAGAGGCCGAGCUGGAGGCCGAGCUGGAGCUGGAGAACAGACUCGCGAUGGACGGGGGAGACGCGAUGAUGAGGUCGCCCCAGCUUAACCCUCUGGCACUGGGCAUGGACAGGUCCAGCUCUGGGGGUUCCCCCUCGAGGUCCACAGGAGGAGGGGACAGGGAGCAGGACAGGGAUGGUCCCAUGGACUCACCCACUGCUAAUAUACCCAGAGACCCAGUAAACAUUACAGCAGAUUCCCCUUCAUGCCUAGAGCACCAACCAGAGUUUGUCCAACGGAGGGCGCUGUUUGACUCGAUUUCCCUGGUCAUCCAGGGUUCAAUGGAGGGAGAGUUGAGUUUGAUGGACAACCUGUCCGGCUCAAUCUGCCACUACUACGCACUGCCCCCCAUGCCGAGCAAGCACAGCACCGACAAGAAGAUCCCUCUAGCGGAGAUGGAAGCUCUGUCUCUGGCCUCUGAGAAAUCGUGGUCCCUAGCUCUGACAGACGACUCGGCCCCCGAUGAUUUUAACCCCUUCUUUCUAACCAGUCUGGAAUGCAAUGUACUGACAGUUCAUCUCUUUCUCUUUCUCCACCUGUCUUUCUCCUCUUGCCCUCUGCAGUAUCUUGCAGUUUGUCCUUUCCCAGGGCACUUCCAAAGCCUCUUGUCCUUCCACGACUCUCACAAACAGAAUUACUACAGACUCAGGGUGAACCAGUGGGUGCUUACUUCUCAUUUGCAGUUUUACUCCCAGCACAAUAAAAAUAAAUUAAAGCAGAUGCAGUAUGUUUACAUUACAAAGGAUCCCAUGACUACUUAUUGCGUUUCUCCUAUGAAUUGACACAGAAAAUUAUUCCCUUACUUCAGUUCUGCCCAGGUCAAAUAGCGUCAUCUCUUUUUAUCUUAUUGUAUUCUCACGUCACUGUUUUUUUUUUAACUGUCACGAGUGCAUUUUUGGCUAAAAAAUGUCCUUUAAAGAAAUUUAAAAAAUACUGUCCCAUAGACUUCAAACCAGAGGUUUGUUGGUCAAUGGCUCAGUAAUGACAAAUGUAUCACACGCAUAAGUAUAAAUAAAACUAGAUACUUCGGAUGGUCUCACUAUAUAGCAGCCUCUGCCAUCAGUGUGAGAAUGUGUAGAAGACUAGAAAACUGCUAUACAAGCUCAAAUCCAUUUACCAUUUAGAUUCAAUAGUUUUCUAUAGUAUUGUAAUGUUAACAAAGAAAGGUGCAUGUUAACAACUUUGGAGUCCAUGAUUAAAGCUUAGCUUACUAAGUUCAAUAACUUGACUUUAAAAACAUAACAGAACCAAAUAAAAAUAGGUCUUACCCUGUAAACGUAUACAUGAAUGCAUCUACAAAUCCAGAUUUGACUGACAGGAAAUGAGUUAGAAAAUAAUAUAUUACAAUUCUUCCACCACUGUCGAGGGUAAACCACCAUUAAAAAUGAGGGCUAUAAAGUUUCAAAUUUUUAGAAGUACAUUGUAUGCCACUUGGCAAACAUUUGCAUUAAGAGGGCAUGGUAUGACCACAUUGACAACCUCUAAAUGUUUUGAUUUGAACUUUGAUAGAGCUGCUUGGAUGACACUUAUAGUGCUCUUAUUUACCACCUCUACCAUUAAUCCCUGUUGCCAGGGCACAUUGUCAUGCAUUGGCUUUGGAUUAAUCCAUACCUAGAGAUCAUGCCUUUGUCAUUGAGGUAAAGGACAUCUCCGUCCAAAUUGAAAAUGAAUUGAAUGUCAUCUGGUUGUCUGCGUAUAAUUAACAACCACUUUUGCUCAUUAAGAUCGCAUCACAUCCAUGAGUUAUCAUGUCUCCACCCAAAGAGGGUCACAGUAACCUUGGCCAUUGCUGCACCAUCAGGCUUGUGAUGCAGAAAGGUAUUGUUAAGUUAUAUCAUUGAUCUCAGGACCAGAGAUCCUCAGCCAACACAUGACAUGAAAUCACUGUUAACUGGAUUGUGCUGGGAGAAUGUUAAAGAAAAGGAAGAGACAAAAGAGGGAGAGGAGGGCAAGAGGCGCUGAAAGACCCUGUUGAAUCUAAUCAUGUGCCCUCCAACUUUCUCAUUCCACCUUUCCAGCCUAAUGUGUGUUACUCUGCAGUCCAGUCCAGUCCAGUCCAGUCCAGUAGAGUAGUGCGCCUCCUUCCAGUUUACAGUUUUCUCUCCGUCGUCUCUUCUCCUCUCUCUUAUUAUUUUCUCCUGUCUCUCUCUUUACUCUUUAAUUCUUCAGCUCUUUCUCUCUCUGUCCCUUUCCUUCUUCCUUUCCUCCGUUUUCUGUCUUUUCCUCUGUGCUUUACAUGUUAGUCCAAGUCUUCUCUCACUGUCCUUCCCAACCUGACUUGUUUUGUGUUCAAUUGUCUUCUGUCCUCGGCAUUGUCGUGGUUUGAAGUCCUCUCUUAAUUGUCGUGUUUGAAACCUGGUUGGAGCUCCAGGUGUUCUGGGAUGAAUGGUUUG